UUAUUGCGGACCGUUACGUAGACUAUACAACUCGGGAUUUAAAAAAUAUGCAAGCGCAAGGCUGAUUUGAUUAGUCUUGCGGCUUAUUCUAAAUGCUUAUUUGUCAACAGCCCUUUGUGGCACAAGACGUUACUGCUUUCUCUAAUUGCAUUUGAUGUCCAAUCAGCUGUUAUUAGAAUAUCGCAUAAACAAAACUGCUCGAAAUGACGGAAAACCAGGAAAAAUCUACAGCUACAAAUGAAGUAUCCCCACCAACCACCACAAACAACUCAGAAUCUACAUUAUUUCCUCCCUCCAAGCCUGGUAAGAAGCCGGACUAUGGUACAAAUAACACCUUAGAGCUACUUGAGAAAAUACCCAGCAAAGUGGUUGAUAUGAAACUGGAUGAUGUUUUAACUGCUGUAAAAGAUGUUGACAAUCUUUGCGAUUAUCAAAGAUGCAAGGCCAAGACUAGUCUUAUUGGACAAAAUUGUGAACACUGUGCGAAAAGAUUUUGCUUUAAACAUGCCUUGCCUGAAGUACAUGGAUGUGGAGAGGCUGUUAAGCGAAGUGAAAGAAAACAAUUUAUGCAUCCAAAACCUGCAAAGACAGUCAAACACGAGGAGGAACUUGAUAAGGCUAAGAAGAAAUUGCAUGCCAAAUUGAAAGAUAUGCAAGUGGGAAGAAUGCAAAAGACGGGCGAAGUGCCCAAGGGAAGUGGUGGUGGAGGCGGAGCAAGAAAAAAGAAGGCAAAGUAAAUCUUCAAGAUCAUUGGCUUAGGUAGUGAAAAGGCUGGCAAUGCUGUUAUAUUGAAUUUAAACACUGUAAAUUCAUUGAGGCAAAUGUUAUGCCUGCAUAUGCAUCGAAAAAUAAAUUAUAAAUCUCUGUAGCAUA